AUGGAAAUCAUUACGGAGGGAUUCUACUCGAACCUUUCCGUUCGUCAACUCCUGUGUUCUACUACGAAUUCUCUCUUCGAAAGUACGAGUUGCUAUCAAGAGCAUGAAACUUGGUACAGCCCCCGACCUGACUUUAUAUUAGCAGACUUUCUCCGGGCUGUGAAAGAAAGGAUCGCGGACCAGUGGAAGACCUUGCGAACCGUUCUUAUUCAUAAGAAAGGUGAUCGAGAGCACCUUCGAAACUACCGUCCUAUAUACUUGCUGAGCGUUUUAUACGAAGUAUUCACAAAGAUCAUCCUCAUGCGCAUAUCUAGGACGCUGGAUGGAGCCCAAUCUCAAGAACAAGCAGGAUUUUGUCAAUGUUUCGGCUGUAUGGGCUACGUCCAGUCCGUAUCGAGAGUCGUAGAGCUUUGCCGGGAACAUCGCCUGCUCCUUGUCCUAGCCUUCCUCAACUAUGAGAAAGCCUUCGACAGCAUAGAAACGAAUUCAAUUCUGUCAGCAUUGGUCGUUGAAAGUGUGGACGCGCCGUAUGUGAGAACAUUAGCCAACUGCUACGAUUGA